CAACACUGUGGUGGUUGUGCCGUGCGGCUAGCUCAUGCUCAAGCUCAAGGUAUGUUCUCCAAUGCCAAAACCAAAACUCACGCUAUCUCCUCCUACCUUGAGAAGAAUCUCAAGCUCAACCUUCACGCUAGAUCUAUAUCAAGCCUCAAAGUAGUGUGGCGCAAAGACCAAGAACUUGACCGAACCAUAGAGAACGAUAAACGUAUUAAGCAAUGUGCCCGCGUUGUGAAGGAGGUUCUCAACGAACCGGGUCAAGUUAUCCCUCUCCGGUACCUCGAAAAACGCCGCGAAAGGAUGCGCCUCAAGGUGAAAGUCGAAACCUUUUUGAAUCAAAACCCUGCCUUGUUCGAUGUCUACUAUGAUCGCAUAAAACCAAAAACCGAACCGGUUCGGUUUCUCCGGUUCACCGACCGGUUCCGGCAGUUUUUGGAUGAAGAAAAACUGAUUCUUAGGGAUAAUGAGGCCUUCGUUGUGUCCAAGUUGUGUAAAUUGUUGAUGAUGUCGAAGAAUAAGGUUGUUAGUGCUGAUAAAUUGCUUCAUGUGAAGAGGGAGUUUGGGUUCCCAAAUGAUUUUUUGGUUGAUUUGGUUCCUAAGUACCCUCAGUAUUUUAGGCUAACUGGGUUUCCUGGUGAGGGGAAAUCGUUUCUGGAAUUGGUUUCUUGGAACCCCGAGUUUGCAAAAUCUGUUAUUGAGCAAAGGGCUGAAGAGGAGAGUAGGUGUAUGGGGAUAAGGGUUAGGCCUAAUUUCAAUAUCAAGCUUCCACCAGGGUUUGUGUUGAGGAAGGAGAUGAGGGAGUGGGUUAGGGAUUGGAUGGAGCUUGAUUAUAUAUCCCCUUAUAUGGAUGUGUCCCAUUUGGAUCAAGCCUCAAGAGAGAUGGAGAAGAGGACAGUUGGUGUGUUUCACGAGCUGCUUUCUCUUUCAUUGUAUAAGAGGAUUCCAGUGCCAAUCCUGGGAAAGUUUUGUGAUGAGUAUAGGUUUUCAAAUGCAUUUUCAAGUGCCUUUACUAGGCAUUCAGGGAUAUUCUAUAUGUCCUUGAAAGGUGGGAUUGAGACAGCUAUGUUGAGAGAAGCAUACAAAGGUGAUAAGUUGAUUGACCUGGAUCCACUGCUCCAGAUAAGAGAAAAAUUUGUUGAGUUGUUGGAGGCGGGUUGGCGGCAAAGAGCACAUGAAUUGAGGUCGAAACAAGAGAAAAUUAAGAAAGACAUGGAACUUCUGGCCACGAGAGUUGGUGAAUGAAAAUGUAAAACAGGCAAAGAUUUUAAUGAGCAAGAUGCUUGACCAUUGUUGGCGACUGCAAUACUCCACACUUCAUGAAUUUAACAUCACUGUGCUCCAAAUGAUCCUUCUGGUCCCGGACCAAGCCUGCAGUAUUUUCUUUAACAAAGUGUGAGAAACACGGAAUUUCUGCUGGAGACAUCUAAUAUUGGAAUUCCUCUGAUAAUUCAAAGUGAAAGAAAGAUCAUUAUAUAUGUGCUAAGGAUGGAAGAAAAGAGUUGCAUUCUUGGAUGAUGACCAAGUUCUGCUACCAAAUUAUCUUCUCAGAGCAGCAAUGGAGUAUUUGGUUUCCACUUUCCAUGUUUCAGGAACAUCUGGAAACAGGCUAAGGAAAAGUUCAAAGAACUUAAAUUUGUCCUGGUACCAUUUACGCAUGUUACUUUAAAAGAAUUGUUGUCCUCAAUUGUCAUCUUACUACUGUUUGAAGGUUGCACUUUAACAGACGGCGUGGAAGUUAUACUGAGUCAAAUUAAUCAAUGAAGAUUUUGGAUCAUCAACAACUAUGUUUAAGUGGUUACUGUUGAGUGUACGGGUGAAAGCAGAAAAUGCUGGUCUAGCUUUUAAUCAUUAACCCUUGCAACAAGCAUGAAUAUAUUUUGUGAGCAGCAGACAUAAGCAAUUUUUUCUUGAAUGCUCCGAUUAUUUUUUUGGUUAGAUAUUUGUUUCUCUUACUGUGUAUCUUGUAAUUUAUAGGACCUUUUUUGCCAGAAAAAUCCCCCAGUUAGUUUCUCCUCAUAAGUUCUGCAUGCUAUUACUUUGUGCAUUAUCCCAUACACCCUUUGCUCACACUCCUCACCAUUGUGAGAUGAGUUUUUCAGGAAGAAGGUUGGUGAUUCGA